AUUGGUUUUCAAGAUGGCGGUCCUCAAUACGCUGAUGUCUGGCUGUGGGCGGCUGCUCCGGCAGUUCUUGGCUAGUCCAGCUGCGACUAGCUGGGCUCGGCCUCCAGCUCGCGGGUUGCGGGAAGUGGUGGAGAUCCAAGAAGGGAAGACAACUGUAAUCGAAGGCCGUAUCACAGGGACUCCCAAGGAGAAUCCAAAUCCCCCUAACCCCUCUGGCCAGUGCCCCAUCUGUCGUUGGAACCUGAAGCACAAGUAUAGCUAUGAGGAUGUGCUGCUGCUGAGGCAGUUCAUCCGGCCUCACGGAGGCAUGCUGCCCCAAAGGAUCACGGGCCUGUGCCGGGAGGAGCACCGCAAGAUAGAGGAGUGUGUGAAGAUGGCCCACCGAGCAGGGCUGCUCCCAAAUCACAGGCCUCAGCUCCCGGAAGGAUUUGUUCCCAAAAGCAAACCCCAGCUCAACCGGUACCUGACCCGCUGGUCUCCCCGCUCCGUCAAGCCCAUCUACAAAAAAGGCACCCGCUGGAACAAAGUGCGCAUGGCUGUGGGGUCACCCCUGCUGAAGGACAAUGUCUCCUACUCAAGGGCACCUUUGGUGCUAUAUCAUUGACUGAGAGCAAGGCUUCCUGAGAACCUGACCAGAACUCCCCAUCAGCUCUGCUGUGGGGUAGGAGGUCAGCUCGUGAGCGCUCAGCCACAACUGUACUCCCACCCCAUCCUGCUGGGGUGAAUGGCAAGGAGACAGACUAACGUCAGUGCCCUCAGCCUGCUCAACUGCAGUGCUGGGAGCACAGGAUGGACUGGGCCAUCAUGCCCCUCGGCAGUUGCUUGUGGUGUCGUGACUGACUUAGGCUGUGCUCAGUGCAGGGGGACAGGAGUUUUGCCCAAAGAAUGUCAUAAACUGAGUUCAUGUGUUUACCCA